AUGCUUAGUAAUCCCUACUUUAAGUCCGUUUUGUGGCUGAUUGGCUUCGGAGGAAUGGGCUACGGCCUAAUGGUGCUAACCGAGCCGAACGUCGACAAAAUAGAGCGCAUCAAAGCCUCCGUUUCAAGUACCAAACUGAGUGCGGAUGAGCAGCGAAAGGCUCUGUUUAUGAAGAAGCUGCAGGAGGCGUCCACCACCACUGCCCCAAUCUACAGGUCAUCGGCCGAGAAAUAGGAUAGUUAGGAACCUUAAUCGUCAUCAAUUUAUCAAUUUGUUAUACUUUUUAAAUACAAAUGUUAAGCAUUUAA